AUGCCCUCCACGCGCUCCGUCCUCGCCGCUGUGCUCGGACUCGGGCUGGUCUUCCUCUUCCGUGAUGCCUUCAGUGUCUCGUCACCGAACACGGCUGGUCACGGCCUCAUGGAGAGGGACGUCGACUCGCGGCUCGCUGCAUUGGAGAAGGAGACCGAGAGGCUCGUGGGACGUCCACUCGGCAGCCAGCUGCCCGAGCCAGAACGAGCGGCCACCACGAGGCCAGCGGCCAUGAGGCAGGAGCUAGCGGUUGCACGGCAGGAGCCAGCGGCCGCCCCGUCAGCAGCAGCGUCCGGAGCUGCUCGUCCGCAGGCGGUUGCCGGCGAGCGAACGCAUUGGUACGACGGGGCGUUUCUCGUCGCCAAGCACGAGCCGGCCAGCAAUGCGGCCAGCCUUCGGCGGCUGCUCAAGAGCCUGCUCGGCCUCUCGCGCCUGCUCAACCGGACGCUCAUCCUGCCCACCUCGCUCUGUGGUGACGGGCAGGCGGCGGAGCCGGCAGACGAGCCGCUUGGCUGCCGCCGCUGCUCGACGCUCGCGCGGGAUGCGCUGCCGCUGGACGCGUGGCGGCGAGCCGCCGCGUCGUUUGAGGGAGGCGGCGUGCGGCUCCGCCCGGCCAACUUUCUCUCCGAUGCGCGGCUCCCCGAGCGCCUCCGCUCGUCGCACGUAAGGGUGAGGCUGCCGGACGGCGCCUCUGCGAUAGAGGCGGCCGCGGCGCUGCGCGACUACGAGACGACGGUCGUGCUGGAGAUCGACCGCGCCGCCGAGGCCUUCUGUGGCUGGGAGGCGCGGCACGACACUGGACACGCCGGGGAGGCAUUCGAGGCGGCGGUCAGCCCGCUCCUGGGUGGCAGCGGCGCCGCGCAGCUCGCGCAUUGCUCCCACUUCCACGCCGGCGCCGUCACCGUGCUGUCGUUUGUGAGCCUCGGCACCUCUGCCGCGCACAACGUGUCUGCUCCGUGGGAGAGCUUGCCGCGCUCGGUUCGCGAGCUACCCCGCGGGUCGGACCUCGCCGUCACCUUUGCCACCGGCAGCGUCUCCACGAUGGCGCUCAAUUGGGCAAAGGCGACCGUCUCGGCGGGGUUGAGCGACAUCCUCCUCGGCGCGCUCGACGAGUCUAUGCUCAAGGCGUGCCGCGCCGCAAGGGUGCCGUGCGUGCUCAUCCAAGGCGGCGAGGCGUCGGUGGAGCUCGCAAAGGUGAGCGGCAACCUCCGCUCGCGGCCGUCGCUCUACCCAAAGAUGAGCGUGCUCAAAGUCGGCUUCUACCGCGAGCUCCUCAGCUUCGGCUUCAACGUCUGGGCGUGCGACGCCGACGCCAUCUUCCUCGCGGACCCGCGGCCGCUACUGCGCUCUCCCUCCUUUGCGGGCGCGCACCUCGCCGCCGCGACAGAUUGCAUCGACGUGGCUCUCGACACGAGGUCCCCGCUCUUGCACUGCGACCUCAACACUGGCCUCGUGUACCUCCGCUCCAGCGCCGAGACCAUCGCGUUCGCCGAGGCGUGGCGCGAGACCAUCGCGCACGCCAAGGAGGCGCGGAUCCGCGACCAGUACGCUUUCAACAUGCUGCUCAAGUCGGGCGGCUCGAGUCUGAAGCGCGACGCGGCCGCCAGGCAGGCCGGGCCUCGCAUCUUUCGGGCCACUCCGGCCGGCGGCUCGCUCCUGCUGGGCGUGCUGCCGCUCAGCCACUUCCUCAACGGCCACACCUACUUCGUGCAGCACGCGCACACGCUACCCGCCGCGCCGCAGCCUCUCGCCGUCCACCUCACGUACCAGUUUGCCGAGGGGGCGUCGUUUGCGCACGGGAAGCGGCAGCGGCUGCGACAGGCCGGGCUCUGGUUCGUGGACGAGGACGAGUACUACGCGGGACGCUUUGUCCGCGUCGGCGACAGCGCGGCCACUCUCCCGCCGUCGCCGCUGCCGCCCAACGUCACCUCGCUGACAGCGAUCAACGCGCACCUCGCGGAGGCGCGCCACCGCAGCCGCGUGCUGCAGGCGCUGCUCGGCAUCGGCAAGGCGCUCGGCAGGACCGUCAUCCUGCCAAGGAUGCUGUGCUACUGCGAUUUCAUGUGGAAGGAGAUGACGCACUGCCGCGUCGGCGGCGCCUUUGGGAUGCGCCUCCCGUUCGACUGCCCGAUGGACCACGUGUGCGACACGCCAAGAUGGAUGGAGCAGGGCGUCCCCGGCGUCACGGUGCGAGAGCAGGGCUUCCUCUCCAACCCGCGGGUGCCGCGCAGCGUGAGCGGCUCGGUCCAGCGGGUAGCGCUGCGGCCCGGAAUGACCGACGCCGACUUGCGGAGGGAGCUGGGAGCCGAGAGCGCGGCGGUGCUGGAGGUGGCGGACGCGGUUGGCACCUUCUGCGGGUUUGCCGACGCCGGCACCAACCGCUCCUUCGCACAGGCCGUCGGGCGGCUCCUGGCCUACAAGCGCACCCCCUUUUGCUAUGACGACGGGCCAGGGCCGAGGGCGCCCGGCUACUCGCAGUGCUGCACCCCACGCAAGCCGGGCGACCCCUUCUUCCCCUGCAAGUACGGCUUCGACCCGCCAGAGCCCUUUCCUGCGUGCGCGCGGAGAGGCACGAUGGGGGACCAGGGUCCGUACCAGGCCGCCCUCAACGGAAGUGAGUCGGUGGUGCUUGAAGCCCUCAAGUCAAAACCUGACCUUCUCAACCAGCAACUGGAUAAGGGGAUGUACACAGGCUAUACACUGCUGCACUGCGCUGCCGCCAAAGGCCACAUCUCGCUUGCAAACACCCUGCUAAACAGGGGCGCGUCGACCACCCCGGUCAACCCAAAGGGCAAGACGGCCGCCGACCUUGCCGAGAAAGGGGGCCAUGUUGCGCUCGCCUCCCUCCUUCGCAGGCGAGCGACGCGCCCGCCGCCGCCGGCUGCCGCGGCUGCGGCUGAGGCCAUGGUUGAGGACACCGUGACGGCGGCAGCGUCGUCGUCCAGGGCGAAGGCGCCCGCCGUGCAGGAGGGAAAGUACCUCGCCGUCGUGCCGAGCGACGCAUUCGACCGCGUCAUCGGCGCCGAGCCGCCGGGCAGCCGGAUCUCGCCGCUUUGCGUCAGCAACGGCGCAAAGGUCGAACUGGACCCCGAGAAAGACUUCUACUCGAUGCGUAUCUUCGACCCGGACGGUGCUGCAGGAACAGCAAAGCUCGAGGCGAUGCUGUGGGAGGUGAUCGCGCCGCUCGGUGACUCCGAAGCAUGCGGUGCCGGCGUGCCGGUGGCGGAGCCGCUGCGCACGCGGCUGAGCGCCGAGCGGAUCGCCGAGGUCAAGUCGGGCUCUGGGGCAGAGGUCGCAAGCGAGCAGGGCGGGCUCUACGUAUGGGGAUCCUCGUUGUCGGUCCACCUCGCUCUGCUGCUGCUGCUGCGAGAUGUGCUCGGCUCGGAGCACGCACGCAAGUACGAGGCUUACGCCGGCACGCUGCAUGCGUCGCUCGUGCCCGCGCUCACCGACAAGCUAGCUGGCAUACCGCCGGCCUCCGCCGACGCCCGCGCAGCGCGCCCGCGCCUGCUGCUGCAGCGCUCGGCGGCGCAGGAGCGCUCUCCCUUGCUACGCGGCUCGGUGUGGGUAGGGCGAGACAAACUGCAGCCCGCCGCCUCAGCCGCGGGCGCCGCGGCGCAAGGCGCGGCCCCCACCGGCGACUCGCAGCUGCUGCACCUACGGCGCUUCGCCCUCCGCGGCGCUGCGCCAGAGGACGGCGGGCCGCCGCCGCUGCUCUGCGCUGCCGGGGUGCGCGCCGCGGUGGCUGCGCUUGCGCUGCGGCUGGGCGACGGCGCGGUGCGGAAGGGCGAGUUGCAAGCCGCGCUCGCACCGCUCGCGCCGCUCGACGCCGCUGACGUCACCGCGCUCACCGCCGCCGUGGCUUCCUCCCUCCGCGAUCGCCUCCUCGGAGGCGUCAUCGACGCCGCAGCGCUGCAGACCGCCGAGGUGGCCACGGUGUUGAUCGACCGCGCCGCCGCGCCGCGUGCAUCACCGGCCAACGGCGCCGCACCCAAACGAGAGCGGCCCGCGCCCAUGCUCUCAUUUGGACCAGGUGUGGCGGCGGCCGCCGCCAAAUUGGCCCAUGAGCCCGAGGCGCCGCUCCCCGCGCCGCCCAAGCCUCCGGUCGAGACGGGCGGCCCAUACUCCGCGGCGGCCGCCGAAGCGAGCGGCAGUAGCGAUAGCAGCGACAGCGAGGACGCCAGCGACGAGCGGCGCAGGCGCAAGCGCAAAGAGAAGAAGGAGAAGAAGAGGAGGCGGCGGGACGAGUCGGACUCGCUCAGCGAUGGCCAGUCGGCGGAGGAGAAGAAGCGGAAGCGGGCGAAGAAGGAGCGGAAGCGAUCAAAGAAGGAGCGCAAGUCGACGGAGCAGGCCCAGCGCGAGGGGCAGGACUGA